GAGCGGACAUUUGUCACAUCUCCAUGGUUUCAUCAACGGCUACAUUUUAUAGAAGAUGCCACUUCUCUUGCCGUCAAAGAAAUGCUUUCAAAUGGCUGAUGUUUCUUGUAGUUUUGUGGUCUCGAUCACAUGCAAAAACAACUACAGCAGAAUAAAGAGUAAAAACGUUUUCUAUAAAUUAAAAAUAAAAAUAAUUAAAAUAAAAACAAAAGCAUGCUUUAAACUUUAAAAAAAUUGACUUAUGUUCAAAUUGUACCUUAGAUUAUUUCUCACGAUUUUUUAUGAUUCACGUAUUUAAAAAAUAUAUAUAUUAUUACGAUGCUGUGUAUAAAGAAAAUGAAGACCACUGGGUGAAGGGUCGAUAACUUUUAGACGUUAGUAAUUUCGAUGAAAUGAGGUUGCUUCCCCUAGAUUCAACCUUGCAUGCUCUACUUGGUGAUAUAACGUGAAGUAUGCUGCCUGCCGUGGCAGACGACUGCUGCCUACUGGAACAACAGCCAGCAUCCGGAGAAUCUCGCAGCAAGACCUAAAUCAGAGGUGUCAGUGUUACAAAAGAAGUCAACAUGUCAAUAACUACUGCACUGGCAUUUGUAGUCCUCGCUCUCAUUUGUCGAUCGACUACCAUCAUUUCGAAAGCUGCCGCCACGCCGAAUGUUCUCUUUAUCGUGGUGGACGAUCUGCGGCCGACGCUCGGUUGCUAUGGCGAUCCAAUCGCAGCCACCCCGAAUAUCGACAGUCUGGCCAGGAAGAGCGUUGUGUUUGAUAGAGCGUACGUUCAGCAAGCUUUGGGAGGGCCGAGUCGUACAUCAUUCUUGACUGGUCGCCGUCCCGACACCACCAGAGUAUAUGACAACAACGUCUACUGGCGCCACCACUCAGGCAACUACACCACGCUGCCGCAGCACUUCAAAGAGAACGGCUACCUCACUCAGUCUUUCGGAAGUGUGUUCCAGCAAGGUAAGGCUUCAAACUGGACAGAUGACUUCCCGUACAGCUGGAGUGCACCCCCUUACCACCCGUCCUCUGAGGUGUACACCCGGGCUAAGGUGUGCCAGAGAGAAGACGGGUGCUUGGUGAACGUCAUUUGUCCAGUCAACGUCAGCGAGGUGCCGGGUGGCACCUUACCCGACAUUCAGGUCACGGACUUUGCCAUCGAGUUCCUGCGCAACAGAAGUGCUCACAGGGAGCAGCCUUUCUUUCUGGGCGUUGGCUUCCAGAAACCAGGCAUCCCUUUCAUGUAUCCACGGGAAUAUCUGGAGCUGUACCCGAUGUCAGAGAUGCACUUGGCGCCCAAUCCUACCUUCCCAGACUUGCUGCCAAUUGUCGCGUGGAACCCUUGGACCGACAUCCGGGACUUUGAUGACGUCAAGGCCCUCAACGUCUCCUUCCCUUUUGGGGCUCUUCCGCCAGACUUUCAGUUAAAGUUGCGCCAAAGUUACUACGCCUCUACCAGCUAUGUGGAUGCUCUUGUGGGUCGCUUGUUGGAGGCGCUAGACAACAACGGCUUCGCUGGCAGCACAACUAUCAUCUUUAUAGGAGAUAACGGAGUCUCCCUCGGGGAACACCAAGAAUGGUCAAAAUACAGCAAUUACGAAGUAUCCGUGAAAGUUCCACUCAUGGUUUAUGUUCCGGAAGUGACAUCCCGAGUGACAGUGGCGGGGAGUAACUUCCCUUUUCUUGAUGCACUCGCCAAUAUCCAAGACUAUGCACCCAGGCGAUCAAGAAACCUGGCCAGGAGCAACCUUUCGUCAUUUCAUCACAGCUAAUGUCAAAGAUGAUUCACGAGAACCUCUCCAGGAUAAA